CUCCCCACUCGCGGCUCUCCGCGGCCAGUGGCGUGGACAAAGACAUGCAGUCCCCGCCCCCGGACCCGCUGGGCGACUGCCUGCGCAACUGGGAGGAUCUGCAGCAGGACUUCCAAGGUAUCCAGGAAACACAUCGCCUGUAUCGCCUCAAGCUAGAGGAGCUGACCAAACUCCAGGCCAACUGUACAAACUCCAUCACACGGCAGAAGAAGCGGCUCCAGGAGCUGGCCUUGGUGCUGAAAAAAUGCAGACCCUCUCUCCCAUCCGAGUCCAUGGAGGCUGCACAGGAGCUGGAAAACCAGAUGAAAGAGCGCCAAGGCCUCUUCUUCGACAUGGAAGCCUAUCUGCCUAAGAAGAACGGGUUGUACCUGAGUCUGGUUCUGGGGAAUGUCAACGUGACACUUCUGAGCAAGCAGGCUAAGUUCGCUUACAAAGACGAGUACGAGAAAUUCAAGCUCUACCUCACCAUCAUCCUCAUCGUCAUCUCCUUCACCUGCCGCUUCCUGCUCAACUCCAGGGUGACGGACGCAGCCUUCAACUUCCUGCUGGUCUGGUAUUAUUGCACGCUGACCAUCCGGGAGAGCAUCCUCAUCAACAAUGGUUCCAGGAUCAAAGGCUGGUGGGUUUUCCAUCAUUAUGUGUCCACAUUCCUGUCAGGAGUCAUGCUGACCUGGCCAGAUGGACUCAUGUACCAGAAGUUCCGGAACCAGUUCCUGUCUUUCUCCAUGUACCAGAGCUUUGUGCAAUUCCUGCAGUAUUACUAUCAGAGCGGGUGCCUGUACCGCCUGCGAGCCCUGGGCGAGCGCCAUACGAUGGAUCUCACCGUAGAGGGCUUUCAGUCUUGGAUGUGGAGAGGCCUCACCUUCCUGCUUCCGUUCCUCUUCUUUGGACACUUCUGGCAACUCUUCAAUGCGCUGACAUUGUUUAACUUGGCCCGGGACCCGGAGUGCAAGGAGUGGCAGGUGCUCAUGUGCGGCUUCCCCUUCCUCCUCCUCUUCCUCGGCAAUUUCUUCACCACCCUGCGAGUGGUGCAUCAGAAGUUCCACAGCCAGCAGCACGGGAACAAGAAGGACUGAGCUAGAUCUGAUGCCAGCCCCAAAGGGGCUUUUUGACCUGUGUGCCAGGUGGGGCAGCAGGUUGGGGUUACCCCUUGUGUAGGGGGUUCCCUUCUGUGCCCCCUGAGCUUUGUGGGCUCUGUGGGCCCUGAGGAAGGCCUGGGCCUGGAGCCCAGCUUGCAGGAUUCGGGCUCUAGGCCUCAAUAAAGGAAGAGAGGCAUGG